AGCUACCCGUACAGUGGGAGAGAGGUCGUAUGAUCGGCAGUGGGGGGUGUGGAACUGUCUAUCUCGUGCUGGACAAGGAUAAUCCUGAUCAGGAACUCUUCGUUGUUAAAGAUAUCGUUAUCACGGAGAGGAAUAAAGAUGACAUUACGAAACAAUUUAAAACAGAGACGACAAUACUACGCACAUCAGAAACACAUCCACGAAUUGUACAGUUCUUUGGAUGUUGUCAGAAAGAUAAUAUUUUCUCCAUCUUUAUGCAAUUCUUGGGAAAUGGCUCUUUGACCGACUACUUAGUCAAAAAUGGAAAACUCUUAUAGCCAAAAGCUCAACGCUUCACUAAACAGAUUCUUGAAGCUGUUGUCUUUUUACAUGAAAAUAACAUCAUCCAUAGAGAUAUAAAAGGAAGAAACAUACUUCUUGAAGAUGAGGACAACAUCAGAUUGACAGAUUUUGGAAUUUCUAAAAUCCUGACGGACGUGACGAGUGCUUACACAGCUUGCAUCGGAACUUACAGGUGGAUGGCACCGGAAGUGGUCACUGCUGAUGGCUCCACACAAAAGUACAACAAGAAAGCUGAUAUUUGGAGUAUCGGCAGUACAGUGGUAGAGAUGAUCACAGGCAGAGACCCAUAUCCUCAAUGUAAAAACGAAGCCAAUGUUUUAUUUACAAUUGGGCAGAACAAAGAACCACCUAAAUAUCCAGAUGUGUCAGCCCUCUGUGAAACUUUCCUAAAGAAAACAUUUACGGUAGACCCUGUAGCUAGACCAUCAGCCAAAGAUCUACUGGAUAAUGAUCUGUUUAUAAAUAAUGGACAAACAGUAUCUACAGCAACAGUGCCAGAUAAACCUCAGUCGAUUGCAUACUCGUUUUGCAAAAAGAAUCCAGGCCAUGAACAAUUUAUUCCUGUAAAAAUAUUCUCAAUGUUCCAUUUUCCGAAAUGUUGCCAAGACAAUGAAUUAUUUGAAUUAAUGAAAGCAAUAUCUGAACUGACUGUGCUGGUGUUGGUUAGGUUUACAAGUUAUGACAGACCCAAGACAAGUUCUAAAACAAAUUCGUAUCCUUUCUACCGUAACAGAGGCAGCGAUUUCUUGCGUACAGGUACAGGGAUGAUUGAUCUAGAAGAUUGCGAGACUUUAACGGAUGCAUGUAACUGUAAGAGCUGCCAGAGAUUAGGGACACCAGACAACACGGGGUUUACAUUCAAUGUCGUCACUGCCACACAUGUUGUUUUUGAUGAAUCAGAAGCGAAAAAUACUGAAUUUAAGCUGUUUUUUAACGAUGAUACUUCAGAGGUUGUAAGAGUGUAUGGUGUCUGUAUUGAGAGCUCCGAUGUUAAAACGGAUAGAAGUGUUGUGAAGUGUGUGUCCCAUGACGUGAAGCUUCUAGAACGUCUAAGACAAACCUGGGACAGAUAUAAGGAUCUGGACAGGAUAGUCACAUGCAGGUACAAACACCAGAUGGAGGAGAAUAAAUUUUGUGCCACCGUGUCGCAUCCCCAUGGGCGUACAAAACAGGUGACUAUAGGAGAGUGGACCCACAGAGAAAAGUGUGGAAAGGUGCCAUUGCUAGGCAUCCCCUUGACCAGGUACCAUUACACUACAGCAACUUGCCCUGGUUCCGCUGGUGCUCCAGUGUUUAUUCUGGGUAGCGGCACUGGUAUGUACCAUCAUACACACAGUGGUGUAGUUGCUAAUGAUAAUUAUAGUGGAUUAUUUUUUGACUGAUAAAUUUAUUGUAAAACAAAACACCUGCAGUGAGUGCAAAUGUUGAUUGUGUUAACACUAGACAAGUGUGAGACUACACUUUAGUUCUAAAGUAAUGUAGUUUGACUCAACCUUGUAGUAAAGUAACAUUUUAAGCCUAUGUAAUAGAGCUAACCAGUUUAAUUGAACUCUGUAUAUCAAAGUGAUAAGUUUUACCUUAUGAUAUUAUGAUU